AUGGUGAAGAAGCGGAAGGCUAAGAACCAGGACGGGGCUGGCGACAUGGACAUUGGCGACGCUGCCGUGACAUCCGCCGUGACAUCCACCGCGGGAACCGCUAAGGACGCCGCGUCCGCAGGAUUUCCCUCCGCUUCAGCCGCCGAGGGAGGCGCCGCUGCAUCCGGCCUGGAGGCGGGAGGUCCGAUCGCUAGCGGCAAUGCAAUGGACACGAGUGAGACGAUGGGGUUCACGGUGAUCAAGGCUUCGGCUGAUGCUGCUCGCAGCAUACCCGCGCUGCCAGCCAUGCGGAAGAAGGGGGCACCGGAGCGACGAGCCAAGACGAGGAGGAAGCAGAAGCUGCUUGAUAAGGCGCUUGCGAUCCGAGAGAAGACAGAGACCAAGGCACAGAAGCAUGCCGCCAAGAAGGCACGCGUGCAGACACUGAAGAAGCUGUACUAG